AUGAGUGAGCUAAGCUAUUCUGCGGCUCGCAGCAGCACAGCCGCACACCGCUCCUUCGACGCCCGUUCCGGCAGCACUCUCUCAGCUACCCCACAAUACGCCACGCAGCCUUGUCACUCCCACGCCCAGAUGGGUCGCCGCUAUGGCCGUAGGAAGACCUCGACAUCCCAUCUCGAGAGCGAAGAUGUCUGGAUCACAGCGCUAGGUCAGAAGAGAAAUGAUGUGGCUGCAGUCGGGGUAGACGACAGCUGGACCACGGCGCCCGGCGAUGAUAUGGACAAGGCCGAUGAGCCAGAGUUACAUUGGCAGCUUUACUUACGCGAGGCGACAGCACUAAGUCUUCUGGAUUCUCUGUUCGAUGACUUGGUUGCUGGACAUAUGCAGUGGAUGGCGGAGCUGAACCAGGCACUAUACGACUCAUACGACGUGUUCGAUUUUCUUGUUUGA